AUGGAUGAAGUAAAAAUCUACAGCAGGCCAAGUCAUGGCAUCUUUCGCUUCAUACCAGACGCAUGGGUCCCGUACGCCGAACUCAUGCGUCUCGACCGUCAGUCAGGGUUCUGGGCCUUCUACUGGCACUACUUGAUAGGACUUGGUUUUGCCAUCAAUAUCCCCCCUUUCUCCAGCGAUCUCGAUCUAAAGGCGCUCGUGUUCCUCGCAGCGUACUUGGGACUAUGGACUAUAACCUUCCGCGGCAUUACCUGCACAUGGAACGACAACCUAGAUCAGGACUUUGAUCGCCAGGUCACCCGCUGCCGACUGAGGCCCAUCCCACGAGGUGCUGUCACGACGGCGCAGGCGCAUAUCUUCACUGCUGCACUGAUCGCCCUAGGGGCCUGCAUCUUGUACCCCCUCGGCGACUCGACUCGGGCUCACGCCGUCGUAGAUGGGGUUCUCUUGUUCAUCUACCCCCUUCUGAAGCGCUGCACAAACUACCCGCAAGUCGAGCUGGGAUUUGGGCUGUCCUAUGCUGUGUUUAUGGUAGCUGCAAUGCUCGGGAAGGAUCCGUUAGCACCUCUUUUGGAUCAGUCUUCGUUAGACCUCUCAGCUGGCGUGUCCAAGGUCCUUGGCGCACCUCUGGCCCAGUCAGCGGCAUGCCUAUAUUUCGCCGGGAUAAUCUGGACCGUCAUCUUUGACACUAUUUACGCUCAUCAGGACUACACUGAUGACCUGAAAGCUGGUGUCAAAGGACUCGCUGUGCGCCUCGGAAGGAAAGGGACGAAACCAGCCUGCUACAUAGCAACUGCUGUGCAGGUCUACUUUCUCGUCGCGGCGGGCCAACUGGCAGGGUUUGGCGCAUCAUACUACGCCAUUUCCUGUGGCGUAACUGCUCUCCUGUUGGCCAGGAUGAUCUGGGUUGUCGAUUUGGAAGACAGUAACAGCUGCGCUUGGGCGUUUGGUCCCGGUAGCAGCUAUGUUGGCACCGCAAUCUUCGCCGGGCUUUUGGCCGAAUUCUUUGCGAAGAAGCACGGAUAUUGA